UAACUCCCUUUUCCCCAUGCCGUUGCCGUUGUAACUUCAAACAGUCACUAAAUGAACUGUUGUAAGUCAAAGACUUGAGUGUCUCUAUGGUGUCUGCAUUUUCUUGGAAGCAAAUCAAGGAUGAGCUGAAAAAAAGGGCAAAUCUGAAAGAGGAUUUUCAGCCGGAUCAAAAUAAAUGGCUUAUAACUUUGCUUGGGGGGAAGGAAUAUCCAUCGGAAUAUGUAUCAAUAAGUGCCCAAGUAGGAGAAGAAAACGUCCUCCCCACCCCCCAAAAAUGGAAUUUAAAGAUAGGAACACAGAGCUGGUCCUUCUGCAAAUGUUACCUUUUGGUUCUGCGCCUCCAGGUAGUCCUCAACUUAUGACCACAACUAAGCCCAACAUUUCUGUUGUGAAGUGAGACAUUUCUUGGAGUUUGGUCCCACGUUACGGCAUUUCUUGCCACCGUUGUUAAGUGAAUCACUGCCAUUGAUACAUUAGUAGCCCAGUUGUUAAAUGAAUCCGGCUUCCCCAUUGACUUUGUUGGUUAGGAGGUCCCAAAAGCGAAUCAUGUGUCCUCGCGGGACGCAGCGGUCAUAAAUAUGAACUCGUUGCUAAGCAUCUGGAUUUUGAUCACAUGAUCAUGGGAAAGCUGCAAAGGUCAUAACUGUGAAACACGGUCAUAAGCCUCAUGUUUUCAGUAUCGUUGCAGCUUUGAACAGUCAUGAAGCGAAAGGUUGUAAGUCAAGAACUACCUGACCUUUUCUCGGCAGGGAUUCACAGCUGGCAGUGCAAGAUCGGCUGCCAGCUGAGCAAAGAUGGCCACAAGCAGGGGCACUUCCAGUGCGGCUAUGAUGGGGAGAACUUCAUCAGCUUGGACCAGAAGACCCUCACCUGGACGGCAGUCGACGUCCGCGCUCAGGUGAUCAAGAAGAGGUGGGAAGAGGAGCCGUUCUUCACCCAGAACAUCAAUAACUUUUUGGAGCAGGAAUGUAUCCAGCUGCUUCAGAAGGGCCUGUUCUAUGGAAAGGAUUCGUUGUUGAGGAAAGAGCCCCCGUUGGUGAAAGUAUCUCGCAGGAUCCAGUACAACAGUAUGGAGACCCUCGUCUGCCAAAUCUAUGGCUUUUAUCCCAAAGAGAUAGAUGCCACCUGGAAGAAGGAUGAAGAGGUCUGGGAGCAGGACACCUACCGUGGGGGUGUCCUUCCAAAUUCAGACAGGACCUACCAUAUCUGGCUGAGCAUCGAGGUUGACCCGAAGGAGAGGGACCGCUAUCGGUGUUAUGUGGACCACGCCGGACUGCCGGAGCCUCUGAUCUUGGCCUGGGUGGAGCCUGCAUUGGUGCCCCACAUGGGGCUCGUGGCCGGAGUCGUUGGGGUUGUGGUGGCCAUAAUCUUCAUUGCUGUUGGAGUGACUGUCUACGUCAGUAAGUAUCUCUUGGGUGGGCACAAGGUCAAUAAGGAUUUUCUUCUGCUCCCCAACAUCACCCUUGGCUUCCACAUGUAUGGCCAUUUCCAGAAGGAGAACAUUAUUUACUUAAACAGCCUCUCCAUGCUCUCCUCACAAGGUCAAAAGGUUCCAGGUUACAAAUGUGACAGUAAGGACACUCUGCUGUCCGUCAUUGGUGAUCUCAGUGCCAAAUUCUCAAGGCUGAUGGCCUCCAUCUUCAGCAUCUUUAAGAUCCCACAGCUUGGUGUUGGCUUUGAGUUUUCUCAGGGAGAGAGAAGAGUUUAUCCUUCCUUCUUCCGGAUUAAUCCCAAGGAAUCUCCUCAAUAUGUGGGUUUAGUCCAGCUGCUGCUGUAUUUCCAGUGGAACUGGGUUGGGCUUUUGGCCCCUGAAGAUGACAGAGGAGAACGUUUUGUGUCAACUCUGACACCAAUGCUCCAGGAGAAGGAGAUCUGCCUGGCCUUCACUCUAAUGCUGAAAUCAGAUAACUUGCCUAUCGCUCGGAAGACAUUUACUCGCAAUUUCCCUAUUUUGUUUAAAACAGAAGUGUUUAUUCUGUUUGCAGACACAAUCAUUGUUAGCAGUGUAAUUGUGGCAUUUUAUUUUUUUGAAAAUAUCAGAAAAGUAUCAUUUAAGAAAGUUUGUAUCUUCGCUUCCCAUUGGAAACUUGGCUUGGGUGAUUCUGAAGACACAUUGAAAAUUAUAAAGCUUUAUAAUGGGGUCUUGCAUUUUAGAGGCCACUCCGGGGAUGUCUCUGAAUUCCACCAUUUCCUUCUGCCUUUAGACCCCUUGAAUCCCCAAGGAGAUGUCUUUCUCCCUCAAUGGUGGGAAUUUGUCUUUGACUGCAAGAUCCAUAAAUCAGGAAAGAUCCCUCCUAAUGGGGAAAAACAAUGUACAGGAAAGGAGAAUCUGCAGAAUCUGCCCAAUUACACUAUUGAAAAGAGAAUGACAGGAGAAAGUUACAAUAUCUACAAUGCUGUUUAUGCUCUGGCACAUGCUUUAUGUGCAAUUUCUGGAUCCAGAGUUGGAUCAUCCAUGAUGAAGCUUGGAACGAGGAUCUCAAAUGUCCAGUCAUGGCAGGAGGGAAGUCCCAUAUCCAAGAAUUACCAGCAGAUCCUGGCCUUGGUGUUUACAGUCAGAGAGAUCAACAAGGAUCUGGUUCUUCUCCCCAACAUCACCCUUGGCUUCCACAUCUGUGACAAUCGCCAGAUUGAGAGAGAGAUUUCCUUCAUCAGCCUCUCCCUGCUCUCCACACGAGGCCAAGAGGUUCCAGGUUAUAAAUGUGACAGGCAGGACACUCUGCUCUCUGUCGUUGGAGGUCUCAACUCCAAAUCCUCAAGGCAGAUGGCCUCCAUCUUCAGCCUCUUCAAGGUCCCACAGUGGAACUGGGUUGGGCUUCUGGCCCCUGAAGAUGACAAUGGAGAAUGUUUCAUCUCAACUCUGAUGCCGAUGCUCCAGGAGAAGGAGAUCUGCCUGGCCUUCAUUGAAAGGUUGAAAUCUAAUUAUUUUGCUACUACAAUGUGGAAUGUAUUACAUAGUUCCAAAACCUGGUCUGAAGCUGAGGUGAUUAUUCUGUUUGGAGACUCCAGUAGCAUUAUAAAUGUAGUGACGACCAUGAAAAUUCGUGAAGACUGGACAAAGACACCAUUUAGCAAAGUUUGGGUCUUAACUUCCCAUUGGAAAGUUAGUAGGGGAGAAUCUAAAGACACAUUGAAAGGUCUAAAUCCUUUCCAUGGGGCUUUGCAUUUUAGGGACCACUCCAGGGAUGUUUCAGAAUUCAGCCACUUCCUCCUGUCUUUGGACCCUUUCAACCCACAAGGGGACAUUUUUCUCCCAAAGUGGUGGGAAUUUGUCUUUGGCUGCAAGAUCUACAAACCAGGUGAAUUUGAUUUUCCCCAGCAAAAACCAUGUACAGGAAAGGAGAAUUUACACAAUCUACCAACUUUAGUUUUUGAAACAAGCUUAACAGGAGAAAGUUACAACAUCUACAAUGCCAUUUAUGCUCUGGUACAUGCAUUAUAUGCAUUAUGUGUAUCUGGAGGACAACUAGCCAUGAUGAAGCUUGGAAAGAAGAUCUCAAAUGUCCAGCCAUGGCAGGUAAUCUUUGUGACUUUUUAUCCAGUCCACAGUUCCUUAGAGAGGAAGCUCCCCAUAUGA